GAGCAGCGUACCUGCCUUACGUGAAUACUGACUGCUUAUCUCAAUUGCGCAAUAUCCGCAAGCGGUGCAGUCUGGGGUAUUGCUGCACAACACAGGGCUGGCGCAACUGGCGAGCUAGCUGACCACUUGAAAUGGACGUGUUCUUAAUGAUCCGGCGUCACAAGACCACAAUCUUCACAGAUGCCAAGGAGUCUACCACUGUGUAUGAGCUGAAGCGUAUUGUUGAAGGGAUUCUUAAGAGACCACCCGAAGACCAGAGGCUGUACAAAGAUGACCAGUUGCUAGAGGACAGCAAAACUCUUGGUGACUCUGGAUUCACCAACCAGACUGCCAGACCUCAAGCCCCAGCUACAGUUGGUCUGGCCUUCCGCAUAAAUGAUGAGAUGUUUGAACAGCUGCACAUCGAGGCCUUCUCCAGCCCCCCAGAACUCCCUGAUGUGAUGAAGCCUCAGGACUCCGGUAGCACUGCCAACGAGCAGGCGGUGCAGUGAUACCAGGGAGAGAGAGGAAGCGAGCAGUGGAGGGAAGGAUGGAAGUGGGUGUGUGUGGAUUAACUGCAGUGGAGAAGUAGCGGGGUGGAGGAUAUGUAAUAUAAUUUCAGUUGAUGGAUGGGGACAUUAUAGGUAACCAAGCCUAUCCAUGUUACCUUCAUGCUAUCAUCCCAGCAUCUCCCCCCCCCCCCCCCCCCCCACACACACACAAUUUGCUUCACAAAUCAUGUUCUUUUAACUCCCUUUGAUUUCCACAUCACAUGCGGUUCUGCUCCUUGACUUCGCUCUUAAGCACCAACCGGCUCAAACUUUUUGAGCGAAGAAGUUGGUUCGGAAAGUAUGAUUGUGUGUGUGCGUGUGUGUGUGCGUGUGAGUUAUUAUAAUUAUUAUCAUUAAUAUUUUGGAGAAGGUGAAGGCAUAGUUGUGUGUCACAGUGUUCUAGAAGUAACGUGCGUAGGAGAGGAGUCCGGCGUCUGAAUCGGGAAACUGCAUGAACAGAAAAUUCAAAACGAAAGGCUUCUUUUCACAGAAACAGAUAAAACCUUCAACCGAUAAGUUUCCUUGGUCUGAUUCUCCCAGUUCUGUUGUACAUUUCUGAUUUGAUUUCAUACCAGGAAAACAAAGUCUUUAUAAUAAUUAUGUGUAGGUUUUUUGUCGUCAUUUUGUUUUUUCAGUAUGUUUUACUUGUCAGUUCUUUGUUGUAUGUUUCACGCACUGAGACCAAAGGCAGGUACCUCUUGGACAACAGAGGGAUUAUUUUUGGUCUAAAGACAUUCUGUCUGUGGCAUACAGUAUACACAGGAGGAGAGUUUGCUGGUGUUACAAACUUAAGUUUCAAAAAACGCAUACAUCACCUCAUGUCACCAAACCAUCAAUGUGGCACCUUCCCCUUAUCACAUAAACAUAGCCUGUAACUGUGAGCUUGCUUAAUUAAAAGUUUUUCCUGUUUUGUUUUUUA